AUGUCGAUGUUGGAUAUCAGCAACUUCAAUAUCGUUUGCGCGGUCAUUGGAGGAUUCAUUGCUCUCUUUGGUCUGGUCGCAUACCUCGCCAAGGAACGAUUUGAUCUAUCUGAAGCCUUGAUCGCACUGCUCUCAGGAGUCAUUUUUGGACCCGGUGCCCAAUGGAUUCGACCAGAUGCCUAUGCUCUCGAUGACGAACUUAACCUCGACAACAUCAAUCGUAACUUUUGUCGACUCGUGUUGGGUGUGCAGUUGCCUAUCACCGGCAUUCAAUUACCUGCCAAGUAUCUCAAGACUGAAUGGAAGAGCUUAGCUUACCUCUUAGGCCCCGGCAUGUCGUCGACGUGGAUUAUUCCGAGCAUGAUCGUUUGGGCGUUGGUGCCUAAUCUGGAUCCCAUUAGUCUAGUUCACUGCGAUCUUCUCUCCCAAGCGCAGUGCUGUGAUACUGUAUACUGUGGUGUAGGUUCAUUAGUUUCUUACGAAUUCAUUGCUAGGCGUUGGAUGCGAACAUUGCAGGAUUGA